AUGACUGGCAGGUUGUCGUCACACGUCGGAAUGCUUCCGCCGCUGGCCUGUCAGCCCGGCCUGCCAGCAGCAGCACCACCGGGCCACCAUCAUCCGGAGCAGCAUCCGCAGUUGGGUCACGUGGCCGCCGCCGCCGCCGCCGCCGCCGCUGCCGCCGCCUCGAUGGGCAUGGAGUCCUCGGAACUGAUGGCGGUGGCCCAUUACCAGGCGCAGCAGCUGCAACGGCAGUUGUUGGCCGAGCAGCAGUCGGGUCCGGGCACCACGAUGCUGCCGCCUACGUCUGCUCAGCCUACUGGUGGAGGCUUGAUGCAGCCGCAGGGGCUCCAAGGGCAGCAGCAGGGCCAACUCCAGCCGGGCCAGGACCCGCUACAGAGCUUGGUGCAGCAACUGCUCUGUCUACAGCAGAUAGAGUAUUUUCUCGCGCAGCGCGGUCAUAAAUGA